AUGAGUACAAUAUCAAUAAGACUUCCAGAUGGCAACAUUCACAAUGUUGAAACUUAGAGCGGCUAAGCGAUAAGCUUAAGAAAUUUUUUUUUGAGUUUUGGCCAACAUCUACCACCAUAUGAGGUUUCCUUACUAUUAGAUGAGAAUACCAAUUCUUUGGUUAGCAAGAGCGACAAUCUAAAAGCCAAUGUGCCAUACAAAUUAAUAGAUGGGAGAGAAUUGAUAAAGUGUUAUAAUACAUUUAAAGAUCGGAGCACUAAAGGUGAUAAACAAAUAUUGGAUUUAUAAUAAAAGCUGACAGAUCUCCAAUAAAAAUUAAAUGAAUAAUAGCUAGAGAUUUCCAGAGAGGAGAAAUAAAAGUUAGAAGAUAUCUAAAAUAAAUAUAAGGAAUUGGAGUCUCAGCUUAAUAGCUAGAAAGAAUAGAAUCUAAAAUUAUAACAAGAACGUAAUUAAGCAAAGCAGUAAUAUAAGGAUCAAAAAUAGAAAGUAGAAAGUCUUGAGAAGUUAAUUUAUGAAGAAAAAAUGUAGUUUGAAAAUGAAAAAAAGUAGUUUGAAAUUGAAAAAAAGUAGAUUGAAAUUGAAAAAAGUAAGAUGGAAGAAGAAAAGAAGCACUUAGAAAAAACAAAAAAAAAAUACAAAAAAUAGAUGAAGGAAUUAUUAGAAGAGAGGAGUAAAUUUGAAUCAAAAAUAUCCGGUUUGGAAAAAGAUGUCUAAUAUAAAUCAGAAAAGAUAACAGAGAUAGUCAUCCUAAUAUAGAAGUUAGAAGAUCAGUUAAAUAAGUAAAGAGAAGAAUACAAAACUUUUUAUUAAUAGUAAUUAAGCAAAGAAGCUGAUAGAGUGAAAGAGGCAGAGUUAAGACAACGUUAAUUAGAGCAGAAUUAGGCUCAAAUAUUGAGAUCAACAGGCAACCUUGUUGCAUUAUAACAAAACUAAGAUAAUUUUAAUUAAGAUAAUUAAAUUCAGUAGGAUUAUAUAAUUUUAGAAUAGAGGAUAAGAUCUUAUGAGGAUCAGGUAAUACACCUUAACAAUUAAAUCAAUAAUUAAGAUAAUACAAUCAAGGAAUUAAAUGAUAACUCUAAAACAUCAAAAUCAUAAAAAGAAGAGUUAGAACAAAAAGUCUUAUAAUUAGAUAAAUAGAUUAGUGAAUAAGAGAUUCGGUUAAAGAAUUUAAAUAAAUUGAUAGACGAUGUAGAUUCUGAAAACCUCAAAAUGUAAGGAAAAGUUGAAUAAAUUGAUAUUGAAGUUCAAAAUAAUUAUAUGUAUCGUUUGAGGAGAUUAGUUGAACUGAUACCAAGAACUUAUAGAGAUAAAAUUGAGUUUGCUGUGGAGGAAUUAUUUGAGAAGAAAUUAUAUUAAGACAAAGGUCAGGUUACAAAUCAAUCUUAUAAAUUUUAUGUGUUUGAUUAUCCUAAAGUUAAACAUUUAAUUCUUGAAGAAAGUAAUCUAGAUAUUAAACAAUCAAUUAUUACAUCAUAUAAAUUCAAUAUUCAUGGGUAGUUAACUUCAGAGAAAAUAAAACCUAGUAAAGAAAGUCAAGAUAAUUCUGGAUUAUUUGAUUCGCUAUAAUUGUUUUAUACUACAUCUAUUGACCAUCUAAGUGGGGAAUUGGUGAAAAUUAAAAGCGAGAAGAGUGAUAAAAUAUAUGUUAUUAAGGACACCUAUACAACAGAAUCAUCGAAUAUAGGAUCCUAAGAUUAUGCACUAGAUUAAUUGAGUCGAUCUAUUGUUGCAUAGAUUAUUCUAAAUGAAUUUUUGGAGGAUUUAAAAAAAAAGAAUAUCAAUGUUCCUUUUAAUUUUUAGUUUGCACAACCAGCACUAUUUUCGAAUUCAGUCCACUUUAAACAGUACUUCUUGUAAUUAGUUGAAAAACAACCCAAAGAACAAUAGACAAUGGCCUUUUCAUUAAUUGUCUAGUUUUUGUAGGAGUUAACAGAUGAUAAUUCAAACGAGUUUUAUUCUUUCAUCAGAGAGCAACAACAUUUAAAAACAGAAUAAUAAAUAAUUGAGCCUGACAAGUAAAAUUAAAUAGAUUUUCUUACAAAUUUUAAUGCUAUGUUGCUCAAUUAAAAUUUUUAAAAUAUUGUCAAAAAGUAUAAUGAAUGUUCUAAUGAGGAGAGAUUGAAGGCAUUUUAAUAUUUAUUGGAGCUACUAACCGAAACUUGUGAUGAUUUUCCACUCGAAAAGUACUACUACGGAUACGAAUUGAAAUUGUCAGAACUUUAGGAUGCUAACGUUUUCAGGAAAUACAAUGGAGGAACCUUACAAUUUGAUGCUUCAGAGGAAGGCAAAUUUUUAUCUGCUCUUUCCUACUAUUCUAUUAAAAAAACCCAAAAUUAAUUCUGCGUAUCUCACCUUCAAGGGAUUGGAAACUAUUUAUAUGAUCCGAUGGUAUCAAGUUAUGAUGGUUUUUUGAAUUGCUUAGAUUAAGGGAUAAACGAAAUGAGAAUAAUUGAAUCUUCAUUUGAAUCAUGUGAUCCAUAAUGUAUUGGUUUGAAAUACAUAGAAGCCUUGGGUAUUACUAUGUAAUGA